UCCUCCGCAGCUUCCGGCACGGCCUUCAAGCGCGGGACGCGGCAAAGUUAUGGAUCGCAACCCCUCGCCGCCGCCCCCGGGUCGCGACCAGGAGGAGGAGGAGGUGGCCGGUGGAGACUGCAUAGGGAGCACGGUUUACAGCAAACACUGGCUCUUCGGCGUCCUCAGCGGACUCAUCCAGAUUGUUAGCCCUGAAAACACCAAAUCUAGCUCAGAUGAUGAGGAGCAGCAGACGGAGCUUGAUGAAGAAAUGGAGAAUGAAAUUUGCAGAGUAUGGGAUAUGUCAAUGGAUGAGGAUGUGGCUUUAUUUCUCCAAGAAUUUAAUGCUCCUGAUAUAUUCAUGGGAGUACUGGCCAAGUCCAAGUGUCCUCGAUUAAGAGAAAUCUGUGUGGGAAUUUUAGGUAAUAUGGCCUGUUUCCAGGAGAUAUGUGUGUCCAUCAGCAGUGAUAAAAAUCUUGGGCAGGUAUUAUUGCACUGUUUGUAUGAUUCAGACCCACCUACUCUGCUGGAAACAAGCAGGUUGUUGCUUACUUGCCUUUCCCAGGCAGAAGUGGCCAGUGUUUGGGUUGAAAGGAUCCGGGAACAUCCAGCGAUUUAUGAUAGCAUUUGCUUCAUUAUGUCAAGUUCAACAAAUGUUGACUUGCUGGUGAAGGUGGGGGAGGUUGUAGACAAGCUCUUUGAUUUGGAUGAGAAACUAAUGUUGGAAUGGGUCAGAAAUGGGGCUACUCAGCCUCUGGACCAACCCCAGGAAGAGUCUGAAGAGCAGCCAGUGUUUCGGCUCGUGCCCUGUAUACUCGAAGCUGCCAAACAAGUACGUUCUGAAAAUCCAGAAUGGCUUGAUGUUUACAUGCAUAUUUUACAACUGCUUACUACAGUGGAUGAUGGAAUUCAAGCAAUUGUACAUUGUCCUGACACUGGAAAAGACAUUUGGAAUUUACUUUUUGACCUGGUCUGCCAUGAAUUCUGCCAGUCUGAUGAUCCACCCAUCAUUCUUCAAGAACAGAAAACAGUGCUAGCCUCUGUUUUUUCAGUGUUGUCUGCCAUUUAUGCCUCACAGACUGAGCAAGAGUAUCUAAAGAUAGAAAAAGUAGAUCUUCCUCUAAUUGACAGCCUCAUUCGGGUCUUACAAAAUAUGGAACAGUGUCAGAAAAAACCAGAGAACUCGACAGAGUCUAACACAGAAGAAACUAAAAAGACUGAUUUAACCCAAGAUGAUUUCCACUUGAAAAUCUUAAAGGAUAUUUUAUGUGAAUUUCUUUCUAAUAUUUUUCAGGCAUUAACAAAGGAGACGGUGGCUCAGGGAGUAAAGGAAGGCCAAUUGAGCAAACAGAAGUGUUCCUCUGCAUUUCAAAACCUUCUUCCUUUCUAUAGCCCUGUGGUGGAAGAUUUUAUUAAAAUCCUACAUGAAGUUGAUAAGGCACUUGCUAAUGACUUGGAAAAAAGCUUCCCAAGUUUGAAGGUUCAGACUUAAAACCUGAAUUGGAAUUACUUCUGCAUAAGAAAUAAACUUUAUUUUUCUCACUGACA